UAUUAUUGCUUCCUUUUAGCUGUGUUGGGCGAGCGCAGGGAGAUGGCGUACCGGAGGAGGCACAGCACGCCGCGGUCCGCCACCUUCGAGGAAUUCCGCUCCUUGUCCCCGGAGGAGGACGGCUCCUCUUCCCCGUCCCUGGCCGCCAAGGCCAUCCGCGCUUCCGCCGCCCACCGCGAGUCCUCCCUCUCCUCCGCUUACGAUGGCGACUCCGCGGCCUUCUCCUCGUCUUCCUCCUCCACCUCCUCCUCUUCCUCCUCUGCCUACCGACAUCCUGGUCUCCGGAACUAUCACAAGCAGGGCUCAAAUGUUUAUGAAUACUCUUCGCUGAAAAAUUCGAAUGGCCCCCGACAUGGAUUUUGGGAAGUUUUAGCUAAAAAAGCUAAAGCAAUCCUUGAAGAUGAUACUGUUGCUCAGCAAUUUGAAGACCAUGAUAGUAAUCACUCCCAGAUUCUUGAUUCAUCAGGCAGUCAGCUGCAAACCAAUGAGUCUCUUGAUAGCUACUGCAAGACCGAAAAUCCUACAUUUCAGAAGGAUGCAAUUGCUUCUUCUUUGAGGGAAUUUGGUGGCACAAUAAAAAAUGCCUUUGAAGAGGGAAUAUCAAUCAUGGACAAUAAGACUGCUGACAUCAUCCAUGAAACCAAGAAGCUGCAGCUUGGGACAAAAACUGAAAGUUCUGAUACAGCAAAUCAACCAAUGUACACAAUGGCUUCAACUAAUCUUGCUCAGAAUGAGGCCGAGUAUGAGACACAGUUGAAGGCUUCCCAGAAAGUCGCAAAUGCCAUGGCUGCUAAGGCAAAGCUUCUUUUGCGGGAACUGAAAACUGUCAAAGCAGACAUGGCUUUCGCAAAGCAGCGCUGUGCUCAGCUUGAAGAAGAGAACAAGGUCUUGCGAGAAAAUCGCCAGAAGGGAGACAACCCAGCAGAUGAUGACCUGAUACGCCACCAAUUGGAGACGUUAUUGGCCGAGAAGGCGAGAUUGGUGCAUGACAACUCUGUUUACGAGCGUGAGAAUCUGUUCCUGAGGGAGAUUGUGGAGUACCAUCAGCUCACAAUGCAGGAUGUUGUCUACUUGGAUGAGGGCAUUGAGGAAGUCACCGAGGUCUACCCCAUCCACCAAAUCAAAACUCUUUCAUCACCAUCCCGUUCUGCUUAUGAAACUUCAACACCGGGUAUUUCUUGUUCUGCAACACCGAGAUCAAACACCAUGCUAUCAUUGUCCGCCGACACCAUAUCUGCAUUUGGAAGCCUCAGUUCUCCUAAAUCUCCAAAUCGCACCUUCAAAGUGAAGAAGCUAACAGAUGCAGAGGUGAAUCCUUCGCCAUCUCCAGCAGCUGAAGGUUCCGUGCAGCAACACUCUCCAAGUCCAACUCCACACUGAUAUCCACAUGGAAUGUUGUCUUUAAUUUUUUUGUUUUUUUUUGUAUUGAUAUAUAUACAUACAUCAGUAAUAUGUCUGCUACUGAUGAUUUUGUCAUCUUUCUUUGCGUGAAGAUGACAAUAAUGGAA